AUGGAACUGAUCUCGGACUCGCAUUUCUACAACAUCCCGGUGAACACAACUUAUUCAUCGGUUCAUAUACCGACCAACGUAUAUGAUCUUGCGCCAGACGUAUGUAAGGAUAUCGCGAGGACUGAAUCGUUGGACGAUAUGUUUCGUCAAAAUUACGAAUCCGAUCCGGCCUUGUCAUGGCAGUACUUUGGUUCAGUCACUGGUAUGCUCCGACAGUAUCCUGCUAUGCGAUGGCAAACAAAUCCCGAUGACGAUGAUAACAAAGAUGACAUCGACGAAGAUAAUGAAGAUGAUAUCAACAAAAAUGAUAGUAACAACAAAAUUGAUUGUGACGGUGAUAAUGAUGAUUCUUCUGCUGAUUUGUACGACUGCAGGAUACGUAGUUGGUUCAUCGAGGCGGCCACUUGUAGCAAGGACAUGGUAAUUCUAAUGGACGUCAGCGGCAGCAUGGCCGGCAUGGGAAAAACGAUCGCAAAGACAACGGUGAAUUCAAUUCUGGACACCUUGUCGAACAAUGAUUUCGUCACGCUGCUAAAAUACACUAACGUGACGACCGAGUUGGUGCCGUGUUUUAAGGAUAUGCUGAUUCAAGCCACUCCGGAGAAUCUUGAUACGUUUAAGAAAUCCAUGGGCAAUAUCGAUAUUAAGGAAGUCGCUAAUCUCACGAAGGCUUUUACCAAGGCAUUUAGUCUACUCAAAGUCUCCCGGGAGUUACGUGAUUGCGACGCCGACUCGCCGUGUAAUCAGCUCAUAAUGCUCAUUACUGAUGGUGUUCCUGGAGGACAACUGGGGAAUGAUUUGAAGAAGGUAUUCAAAAAAUGGAAUUGGAAAGAAAAUGGUACUCAUAUACCAAGUGUGCGAGUGUUUACGUAUCUUAUAGGCAAGGAAGCGACUAAGGUAGAUGAAGUCCAGUGGAUGGAGA